AUGUGUAAGCAGAUCUUCUUCUCUGGUCAGUAUUCAAUUAGGAAAAUGUAUCAAGGUCUACUUGGUCAAUUUCCUAAGGUACAAUGGAGAAGAGUUUUGUGUAAUAGUUCUGCCAGUCCCAAGAGCUUAUUUAUUCUUUGGCUUGCACUUCAUGGCAGACUGCCUACUAAGGAUAGGAUCCUGCAGUGGGGGAUUGUUACUGAUGGCUUGUGUAGUCUAUGUGGGAGUAAGCUGGAAUCUACUCAACACCUGUUUUUUCAGUGUAGUUUCUCUAAGAAAGUGUGGCAGAAGUUCUUACAAGGCCUUCACAUUAGUAGAGCUGUGCAGAAUUUUGAUCAAGAGAUCCAAUUUCCAAUUAGAAUGAGUAAGAACACUAUUGCUGUGAGCAAGUUGUUUCUUGCUGGCUUUGCUGAAACUGUGUAUGGAUUGUGGUUGCAGAGGAACCAAAGAGUGUUUGCUGGUCACAUUCAAACUGCUGAGCAGAUUAGUAGGGAUGUAAUCUUUCGUGUUGCCUGUAGAUACAGGGAUUCUGAUUUACAUUUAUUGCUGUUUUGA